AUUCUCACGAUUCACCGAAAGACGGAAAUGAGCGGACAAUUCAAAUAUUUAUGAAAUGAUAAACAAAGAAUUCACUUGUAGAAAUAGCUAGGCAGUUUGACUGCAUCUCAUUUAUGUCAUUUUUGAUUGAUGAAGAUAGCAAACAAGAAUGGAUGACUCAGCAAUAGAAAAUCGUAUAAAGUUGUUAGAUGACCUGGUACAGAGUAAAGUGGAUUGUGAUGAUAAUACAGUGAAGACGGCUCUCGUUGCUAGAGAUGGUUUAUUUGAUGCUUUACUAGUCCUCGUAGAUGAAUGCGCUAGAUACAAACAUAACAAACAUGUUGCUGCUUUCUUAAAGAAAUAUGAAAGCACAUUGAAGGAGGUACAGAGAUUGAAAGUUAGUGCAUCAGAUUUUGAGGUUAAAAAUGUUAUAGGAAGAGGUCAUUUUGGAGAGGUACAGGUGGUCAGGGACCGACAUACAGAGACAGUUUAUGCUAUGAAGACAUUGAGGAAACAAGAAACACUGGCUCAAUCAGAGAUAUCAUUUUAUGAGGAGGAGAAAGAGAUCAUGGCUCAUGCUACCAGUCCAUGGAUCACUAAGCUACACUACGCUUUCCAGGAUGCUCAUACAUUGUACCUGGUGAUGGAGUUCCAUGCUGGCGGUGACUUGCUCUCAUUACUGGGCAGACAUGAUGAUGUUUUUGAGGAGAGGAUGGCCAGAUUUUACCUCGCUGAAAUUGUGCUUGCUACUCAUGAUCUUCAUCUAAUGGGAUAUGUUCAUAGGGAUCUUAAACCAGAGAAUGUUCUUUUAGACACUCGAGGGCAUGUGAAACUUGUAGACUUCGGUUCAGCUGCAAAACUCUCCAGUAAUGGUUAUGUAUCAUCAAAGAUGCCCGUAGGAACACCAGAUUAUGUUUCUCCAGAGCUACUGAAUGCCAUGAAUAAUGAUGUAGUGAACAGUUACGGUGUUGAGGUGGACUGGUGGUCACUCGGUGUCUGUAUGUAUGAGAUGUUGUAUGGGAAAACACCGUUCACUGAUGACGCAGGUUCAAUGGUCGCCACAUAUUCUAAUAUCAUGAACUAUGAGGCAUAUUUGAAGUAUCCUCAAUCAAUAUAUAUAUCAUCAGCAGCUAAAAGUUUGAUGAACAAGCUUUUAACUGACACAGAUCAUAGACUGGAUUACCAACAAAUCAGGAAACAAGCUUUCUUUGAUAAAAUAGACUGGGAUAAUAUUAGAAAUGAGACUGCACCAUUUGUGCCUCACCUAGAAAGUCUGGAUGAUACAUCAAACUUUGAGGAGUUUGAGAAGAUAAAACAUCCUCCAGUGUAUGAUGACCACAAAUAUGAUAGAGACUUCUCAGGCAAAGAUUUACCCUUUGUAGGCUUUACCUAUACUGAGAAUAAACCAGCUGAUAAAAGAAAAUCAAAGAAUAGCAUUGAUAUUGAUGCAUCAGUUAGUAUGUCUAAGCGACGCUCUGGUUCGGGAGCAGAUCUUACCUUGACUGUAAAAAUAUCUGAGAUGAAGAAACUUAGAAAGAAAUUUAAUAGGCUCAGAUCAACAGUAGAGCAGCAGAAACUGUCACUAGAAGAUAAAGAAGAAAUGAUAGAAAAACUUGAGCUUGAGAGUCAGAACUACAUAGCUAAAACUAAUCGUUUAAGCAAGCAGGUAGAAGUGCUAGUAGAGGAGCGUGUUGCCACUGAAUCAAAAACAGAACAAUUGUUGGGAGAGUUCAAUGACAUGCAGACAGAUGCAAAACAGAUUGAGGAAAAUUUACAUCAGCUACAGCUAGAAGAGUUACAGGAUGUGAUAGUACAGUUGGAAGAAGAGAAGAGUGUAUACAUGAGGAAGUUAGCAGGACGAGAUAAACAGAUAACAUCAUACCGGGAACAACUAGAGACCAGUCAGAAACAAGCUGCUAAUUUACAGUUUAGACUAGAUAAGGAGAGACGAAAGUCCAGGGAUGAUCAGAAACGAGAUUUAGUAUUGCUAGAAACAAGGGAGGAUAAAUGGAAAAUCCAGGUUGAAGACAAAAAUGCUGAAAUAUCUGAUCUUAACAAAAGAAUUCUGGAGUUGGAAGAUUUACUGGAGGCUUAUGAGACACAGGAGAGCGAGUACAUGCAACGAGAACAAGAGCUCCGCGAAAAACUGAAACACAGGGAUAGUGAUAGGAAAGAUGUGGAUAUUAGAGUGAUGGUACAUACAUCACCCUCUCCAAAGAAAGAUCGAAGAUACUCUGAAAAAAUAAGGGAAUUGGAGGACAAGAUUGAACAACAAGAUAGAGAGAGAGCAAACUUUGAGAGUAAGGAGGAGGACUUGAAGGAAAUUAUAGAGAAAUUAAAGAAUGAGUUAAUGACGAAGACAGAGAAAGCCAAAUUAACAGCUGAGAUGAAAGAGUCUAUAGCAAACCAGGUACAUGUGUACCAGGAAGAGGUGCAGCAACAAAAACAAAUUAUAAAUGUAAGUUUUUUUAUCUAUUGUUGUUGUCAAGCAAAUUUGGACGAGUUGGAAGAACAGGUAGAUCUUUAUCGAGAUGACAAGAAACAACUGAUGUCAGAGGUCACCAAGGUCAAACAGGAGAGCAGUGAUAGACAGUUCAAGAUCACAGAACUUGAGAGAACAAACUCGAGAUUAUCAUGUAAAAUAGAGAGAUUAGAAAGACAGCUGGAGAAUUCUAGAGAGAAGGAAAUAGACCUUAGACUGAAGAAAAAUGAACUAUCUGACAUCAGGAUAAAGCUAGCUGAAGAAAGGGUUACAGAUAUUGAGAAAGAGAAGAUAACUCUGUCAGAGAAAGUGAAAUCACUGACAGCUGACCUUAAUGACCUUAAAGGGAAACAGACUGAUCUUGAUGUGAAGGCUCAGACUACAAACACCAAGUUAAUGACGGAAAAUCUUGACUUGAAACUUAAACUGGACGAUGUGAACAGAUCCACAGAAAAAUUAGAAAAACAGAUAACUAAAUGUGAAAGACAUAUCUCUGAAUUAGAGGAGGACAUUGAGAAUAAGAAUAAAGAAAUAGCAACAUUAAAAGUGAUUAAAAUUGAGAAAACUGAUUUAGAACGAAGAGUAUCUGAUUUAGAAUUUGAAUCAAAGCAGAAAAAUGAAAAGUUGAAGAAGAGUGUUGAAAAAGAUUUACAGAUAUCUAAGUUAGAAAGAGAGAAAGAGAAUUUGAAUACAAGGUUGAGCAGUUUAGAGAAAGAAUUACGUGAGAUGAAGAAUAAAGAAGCAUCGGGUAGAAGAGGGUCAAAGUUAGAGAACAUAGAAGACUUGAGACAAGAGAAGAAUUAUCUUGAGACUCGAGUUUCAUCAUUACAGAGACAGCUUGACACAGCAGAUAAGAAAAUAAGUGAGCUUCAACAGAAACUUAGUGAGGUUUCUCUUUCUAAAGACAAAAUUCAAGGUCUGGAGAGUGAUGUUAAAAGGUUACAAGAAGAGAAGUUGUCAAUACAAGAGGAACUAAGGAAUGAAAAGCUAGAAACUGAGAGAAAGUUGAAAUCUCAAACCAAUCAAAGAAGAGAUGUACAAGAUGCUGAAAACAAGCUGGACAAGGAGCGUGAGAAAUACAAUACAUUGUUAGGAGAGUUGAGAAAAGAGCUGUCAGAAUCUAAUUUGUCAUUGAGUGAAGCUAGAUCAUUACUGUCAGCCACCCAGAGACAGGAGAAACAAACUAGAGAGUCAUUAGAGGGAGAUAUACGUGAACUACAACAGAGGAUCUUUACUCUAGAGAAGGAGAGAGGACUUCAUGAAGAUAAACUAGAGGGGGAAAGAAAACUGUCACAUAUGGAGCAAGAAGAGUUACAGAAUCUAAAGUCCCAAAAUGAAUGUCUUCUUAAAAAGUGCAAGGACUUGGAGGAGAAAGCAUCAAGUACUCAGAGAGAAGUAACGGCAAAUCUGAUGGCUAAAAAAUUGUUGAAAGACAGUUUAACACAGAAAGAACAUGACUUACAAGUGGAAACACAGAAAGUUGAGAAGUUACGAGGAAUUUGUAGCGAACUUGAGGCUCAGAUAAAGGACCUUGAGGCUAUACAAUCUGAAUUUGAUAACCAGCAAGCAGAGUGGAAUAAAACAAGACAGACAUAUGAGCAAGCCCUGGAGGAGAGGGAGAAUGACCUUGAUGGGGCCACACAAAGGUUAAAUGUCCUUAAACAAUUUAGGCAGAAUUCUCAGGAAGCUGCCCAGUCAGUGAAACAACAACUACAAACAGUCAAAGAUAAACACAAGAGUGACCUUAGUGCCCUAAACAAACAGAUAUCAGUGCUACAUAAAGAUUUACAGAGAAAUAACACAAGGAUGUCAGAUCUGGAGUCCCAGAAUUCCAAGUUACAGAUGAUUUUGGAGCAACAGAAAACUAUCAUAGAGAAUGAUGCUACAGAGAAAAGGAGGCUUAAAGAAGAGAUCAGUAAAAUUCUAACAGAGAAUCAAGAGACUAAAACAAAGAACAUUAAACUACGUCAGAAUCUUGAGGAAGCUGUUGAUAAACUCGAGAUUAUAUUCGGAGAGAAAAUUGAUCUCGAAAACUUCACUGAAACUUUGCAGGGUCUACAUUUCUUGGAGAAGUACAGGUUUGAGAGUACUAUAGAUCAGCAGAUGAAGUUGAUAGAUUAUCUACAAGAUCUCUGGCAAGAUAGUGUUAACAAGAAAAAGAAGACACCAGUGAAAGAUGGAAGUAUGAGGGGAGGGAAGUUUUUUGGCAAAGGUAAGGAAGGAAUGCCAAACAUGGCAAUAAUGGGAGAUUUACAGGGAGCUCUGGAUCAGGAAUGUAAGAAGAGUAAACAACUACAGGAACAAAUGGACAGACUGAGGAGUGAAAACUUUGCUCAAGCUAAUGAAUUAUUGAAGGUUAAGAGUGCUCUAAGAGAGAAGAUGGUAUCUGACCCAGGGAAUAUGACUCCUAACAUAAAGGCAGCUGUACAAGUGCUCAUACAGUCCCCAUCCAGUCAGAGCAACCCGGCCAACUCCCUGCUCACACCCAGUGUUAAAAAGACAAGUCGUCUGCUUACUGUACCUGCUCCCACCCCCAAGAGAAUGCACCAUAAGAUACCACAUAGGUUUGUGAAUGGUCUGAAUACACGUGCAACAAAGUGUAGUGUGUGCCUAGGCAGUGUACCGUUUGUAAAACAGGCAGCAAAAUGUCAAGAGUGUUCCAUGGUUUGUCAUCCCAAGUGUGUCACCUCAGUACAGGAGACUUGUGGUCUACCUACAGAGUAUAUCCGUCAUUUUACAUCUAUCAUGGACAAGGGAUCACCCAUGCCCAAGGACAGUCAAGUGGCAUCACCUGGUAUUGAUGAUGAAGAUGAUGAUGUUUUUAGAUUGAAAGGAUGGCUCAAAGUUCCCAAAAAGAACGGUAAACAGCCUGGCUGGGAGCGUCGUUGGUGUAAGAUGGAGGGAAAUAUAUUGUUGAUGUUUAACACUGACUAUGAUGCCAACCCUGUAGAUACAUUUGACCUAAACCCAGCAGAGACUGAUGUUACUAUACAUAGUGCUAUCAGUGCAGCAGAACUUCCCAGCACAGCUUCCACAGACUUACCAUAUGCAUUCAGGCUAGAACAUGAACCACUGACAACAUGCUGGCCUGGAAGGGUGUUAUAUUUAAUGGCAUCACGGUUCACAGAGAAACAGAGAUGGGUAGCUUGUCUUGAAGGUGCCAUCAGAAACUUACAGAAAGAUGAUAGUGUUCAUAGAAGAAAAAUCCAGAUGACAAGUUUGUUAGAUCUGGCUGGUGACAAAAGAUUAGAGCUGAACUGUUCUCUCUUACUUAGUAAACAGCUAACACUUCUUGGAGCAGAUGAGGGACUAUAUGCCAUAAAUGUACAUCGUGAUCCUCCAGUUAUCACUAAACUUAACCAGUUUGACAGUGUUUAUCAGCUCAAAUUUAUCCCACAGCUCAGUCUCAUAGUUGCUAUUACAGGAAAAGAGCGUAAAGUUCUGACAAUAGACAAGAAGUUAAUACAGCUAAGGUUAGGUCAGUCUACCGGUGAGGCGACACAGCCAGUGCCUCACAAUGUUGUAGAGGAUAUUGUUGGAUGUACAGUGUUAGACUGUGGUACAUAUAAUGAUGCUGUAUACAUGUGUGCUGGAAUGACAGAUAAAAUACUUGUGAUGAAGUAUAACACUGAUCUUAGAAUGUUCUGUGUUCGAAAGGAGUUGACUAUAGAUGAACCAUGUAGUUGUGUAUGUAUGGCUGACAGUUUUGCUAUAGUUGGUACAGACAGAUUCUACAAGGUCAACUUAGAUCAUCCCAGUUUAACAGAGUUUGUAGACAAGAGGGAUAACACUCUAGCAUUUGCAGCAUUUGGUGCUGCCACUCACCAUAGUUACCCCCUAGCUGUUGUUCAAGUCUCUCCAGAAGGCCUGCCAUUAGAAUAUCUCCUCUGUUUCCAUGAGUUUGGAGUAUAUGUGGACUGUAAAGGACGACGAAGUCGACCAGCUGACAUGAAAUGGAGUUGUCUCCCUCUAUCUUUAGCAUAUAGAGAACCAUUCCUGUAUGUGACAUACUUUCACAGUAUACAGGCAAUUACUGUCCCUGCUAGUAAAGAGGAGAUCAGAGGGAAGCAGACGUCAGUUGAUCUGACAUGUCCCAGAUAUCUGGGUUCCUCACUGGAGCCCGGCUCAGUGUAUGUAGCCUCCAGUAGUGGUAUGACAACAGAGCUUCUCAGCUUGAAGGGCAAAGAUGGAACUUUCAUAGAACCCCUGGGCAAGGAAAAUAAACCAAGUGUACGAGCUAGCAUGAGGAAAGCAUCAUCAAGUCAGAAGAGAUCAAGUCCAUCUAAAGUCGGAACAUAUUCAUCAGCAAAAUACAAAUCACCAAGAAUGUGUCGACGAUUGUCGUUGACGUCUAUAGACAGUAACAGUAGUAUGUCAUCUACUUCCACAGUGUCUAGUUAUGGAAGUGCACAAACUGAUGUGUGAAUGGACUAACAUUGUUGUUGGUCAUGUAACCUACCAUCAUUAUGUGUAUUAAACAAUCUAGAUUACACAUCAAAAAUUCAUUCAUUUAAUGUGUACAUUGUGAAAUCCUGUGUUAAAACAAGUGCUGUUAUCUAAAUAAGAUAGUAGAUACUAAAUUGGUACAUGGAUUUCUUAAAUGGUUUUUCUAUGUAGUCCAAAACUUCGAGCAAUAACUCGAGUAUUGAAAAAACAUUUAAUUUUGCAUGGCAUUUUAUAAUAAAUAUUAAUUACU